UUCGGUGUUUUCAUAAACAUUUCUUUGAAAUUUUAAUUUCUUAUAAUUUCUACAUACAACAUAAUAAAAACAUGAUACAAUUGCCAGCCUUUUUUCUUCUCUUUCAGUGAUAGAUUUCAUAGUAUUUAGUGAUGCUAUACGUAUCAAGUGUUGUACGUGAUCAAUGAUGUAUUAAAUGAAUACUUAACAAAAAUUGCUAAGCUGAAUGGUAACAACUUAAUUUUCAUUAUGGGUUGAAGAUAUCUAGGUUGUCUUGAAAUCGGAAACGAAGAGGUGCAGGAUAAUACGUCGAUAUGGAAAUGCCGGAACUAACGGUGACUUCAGAGAUUUAUGGAGAAUAUAACUAUAAUACUAAAAUUACACCACUGAUUGAAGGAAAUGUUAUUUCGGAAUUUCCAUUUCUGCUGCCCAAAAAUGACCACAAACCUCAAUUUGAUGAUGACGAAGACUUGGACAUUGACAGACCAAAAAAAGAAUUAAUAAAAAUUGAACACAGCUCUAAAACCAAGCUAGCCCUAGUUGGUUUACAAGUGUGGAGGGGGGCAUUUCUUAUAGGAGACCUGCUCAUCCAUCUAGGAGUGAAAGGAGCACUUAAAGAUAAGACUAUCUUGGAACUAGGAGCUGGGACUGGCCUGACCAGCUUCAUCGCUGGAAUAUACGCCAAGAAAGUUAUAUGCACUGAUAUAAAUCUCGGCGGUAUAUUAGACCUUAUUAAAGUGAACACCAAGUACAACGAAAAGCUAAUAAAAGCAGAGUUCAGAGUGGACGCUUUAGAUUUCACCGACACGGCUUGGAGUCAGCAACUCUCUAGGGACAUCAGAGAUACGGACAUUAUUAUAGCGGCCGAUGUUGUAUACGACGAUGAUGUGACUGCCGCGUUCGUUGCGACGGUACAAAAGAUCCUCAACACCAAACCACCUAAAACUCUAUACAUGGCGCUAGAAAAACGCUACGUCUUCACGAUAGAACACAUGGACUCCGUCGCGCCGUGUUACGAGACAUUCCUCAGUCUGUUGGAUAAAGUAAAGAAUGGAUCCAAAUGGACUGUAGAGCAGAUGCCUUUAGACUUCCCUAAAUAUUUCACUUACGAUAGAGUGAAAGAGCUAGUUCUAUGGAAAAUAUCUUCUGCCUAGUUAUUAAUGUGAUCUGUGAUAAUCAUAAUAAAUAUUUUUUCAUAUGAUUUUUUUAAAUUUUUAAUACUAUAACGAGCGCUUUCUCACUCAACGCGCGUUAAAAAACCGCUUGAAUCCGUUCACACGCAAAAUUCGAUUUAACGACCAAUAUUUAAAGUCGAAAAUCCAACAACGCUUGAUAAAAAGCGCCACCGCCAUCGUGUGAUUACACAUGUAUCCAUUUGUGUCAAACUCUUUUUUCACGCGCGUUGUAAAAACGCUCGUGCGAAUGAGGCCUAAGGGUCCUAUGCGUUGAAAGGGUUAAUCUCGAAAUAAAAAAUUAAAAGAUUUUGUAAAUCUCUA